CUCCUUCUUUAAACCUUCAAUAUCACACUGAAGUCUCUAACUAAUUGACAUUCCAAGAGCACACAGAAGUGCUGCAAGAGUCUCCAGACCUUUUCUCCUCUUUCCCCUCCCCCCUCUGAGAAAAGGUCUGGACUACAGCAUGCAAGGUUAUAAGAUGUGCCUCUUCCAGAGAUCAGGUGUUUCAACCUCAGUUAUUCUACUGUUGGUGGUCAGCUGUACUGGAGCAAAAGUUAAUGCAACAUCUAUAUCUGCAGCAUCUUUGGUCAGUAAUACUGUCUCAUACAAGCCACUGUCAUCAAGUCAUCUGAUAGUAGCUACGACUUUGGACGUUAGUCAUACACAAACGAAGUCAAAUCUAGCAGGAAUGACACCAUCAUCAAUCACGGCAACCAUUCCGCGUGUACUAAUCAGCUCCACACCUCUUACAACAAGUAAUAUAUCACUGAGUGAGAGAAUAGCAACCAGUAUUGAAAGCAAAACAACAGUUUUGUCUCAAAGCUUUCUGAAUCAGCAUUCUACCCCCUCAAAGCUUACGUCUACUCUAAACGCCCAAUCAAUCCAACCAACAAGAACCAAAGCAUUUGUGUCCGAUACAAAAUCAAUCCAACCAACAAGAACCAAAGCAUUUGUGUCUGAUACGAAAUCGAUCGAGCCAACAAAAACCAUAUCAUUUGUGUCUGAUACAAAAGCGAUCCAACCAACAAGAACCAAAGCAUUUGUGUCUGAUACGAAAUUGAUCGAACCAACAAAAACCAUAUCAUUUGUGUCUGAUACAAAAUCAAUCCAACCAACAAGAACCAAAGCUGAUAUGAAAUCGAUCAAGCCAACAAAAACCAUAUCAUUUAUACAAGAUAUAUUUCCUCCAAGUAUACUCUCUUCAAUUUCAAUCAUUGCUAACUCAAUUCCUACAAAAACUUCUUCAACUUCCUUACAAACUAGAAACCUUCCACAAGCUACCCCAACCCCUGCAGUUACCAGUUCCUCCCUCGUACUCUCGAUAAAAGCCACCCCUACUACUAUCAUUGGCACAUCAGUGACACCAGCAGUUACGCCCACACCAUACCUCCUGUUUGCAAACAGGGACACCAUCAGGAGAGUGGACCUUGAUGGGACAGGCCUAAGAACAGUAGUUGGGAACAGCAGCCUUCUGCAAAAUGCCAUUGGUAUUGACUAUGAUAUAAGACACAACUAUCUGCUAUGGACAGAUGUGCAAUCACAGCAAAUUUUCAUGGCAGAUUUGAAAGGAGACAAUGUGACUGUGCUAGUGGAUAGUGGUCUAACAAUUCCGGACGGCCUUGCCUGGGACUGGAUCAAUGCGAAGGCGUACUGGAGUGACUCUGAACACAGAGAGAUUGAGGUACUAGACCCAUACACUGGUCACAGGAGAAGACUCGUCUACACCGGACCCAGCACAGUGCCCAGGGGCAUCACAGUUGACCCUGUCAUUACAAGAUACAUCUAUUGGACGGACUGGGGAGAUGUGGCCAAGAUAGAAAGGAUCUCAAUGGACGGAGCUCCUUCCACAAGACAAGUGCUGCAUAACACUGACCUCAUAUGGCCAAAUGAUCUCACAAUUGACUUCACAACACAAACCCUUUACUGGGUGGAUGCAAACUUGGACAAGAUAGAAUCAUCAAACCUUGAUGGCAAUAAUCGCACCCUGCUCACACAAUCACUUAUUCUCCAUCCCUUCUCGAUCACCGUGUUUAGUGGCAUGCUCUAUUGGAGUGAUUGGGCAGUGGAUCUGAUCUUGCAUACUUCACUGUUUGAUCUCCACCGAGUGAGGGCUCUCACUCCACGCCUAGAGACUGAUCCAAUGGGACUGAAGGUGGUACAUCACACAAGGCAACCAUUAGGAUCCACUGUCAAUCCAUGUUUGCUUGCUAAUGGUAACUGCACCCACCUCUGUCUGCUGAGUUCCUCCCACCAGGCUGAUUAUACAUGCUCAUGUCCUGAGGGUUUGUCCCUAAGCAGCAAUGGGAGGAGCUGUUUCAGCGUAACCACCACUGAAGUUCCUUUAACUUUGGAAGGCUCUUGUUUUGCUGCUGGGUUCACUGAAUGCUGCCAGGGGGGAUCCUGUCUUGGCUCACCUCCCACGUGUUUCUGUGAUGCAUUCUGUUCUGAAACUGACUCUUGUUGCAGCGACAUCACCUCACUGUGUCAACAAGACUAUUUAGUGUUUGCAAACCGUCGGUUCAUUCAGCGAUUAGAACUUAACACCUUCAAUCUGACAACUCUCUACACUGACACCAACAAAAACAUUGUUGGUUUUGACUAUGACUACAGGCGUGGCUUCCUAUACUGGAGUGACCUGUCGUCCAAUAGCAUCUUCAGGAGUACUCUGAGCGGAGAGGCCGUCACUGUUAUUGUUAAUGGGACCCUUAGCAUACCAGACGAUGUCGCUGUAGACUGGUUGAGCAACCUGCUCUACUGGACGGAAGCAGGCACGAGCACUAUCUCUGUAUAUAAUCUGGAGAGAGGGCAUCGUCUGACACUCUUCUCGCUACCGGACUCUAGUGUGCCACGAGGUAUUGCCGUGGACCCUGUGGAGGGGUACAUCUUCUGGACUGACUGGGGCACCCCUGCCAAAGUUGAGAGAGCCUCUAUGGACGGUACCGGGAGGACUACCAUUGCUAAUACCAGCCUGAGAUGGCCCAAUGGCAUCACCAUUGACUAUGAUUCUCAGCUCCUGUACUGGGUGGAUGCAGGGCUGGACAAAAUUGAAAGCUCUCGUUAUGAUGGCUCUGACCGUCGUGUUCUCCUCUCUAGUGGAGUACUCCAUCCUUUUUCCAUCACAUUCUUCAAGGGCACCCUCUAUUGGACUGAUUGGAUGGUUGAUUCAGUGUUUUCUAGCUCUGUUCAAUCUAACGUCUCUAGUGUGGUUUACAGUGAGUUGACCGUUGAUCCUAUGGGCAUUCAAGCCAUCUCUCCAACCAGGCAGAAGUUCAGCACAAUCUUAUGUGGGCCGGACAGCAGCAAUUGUGAUCAUUUGUGUCUCCUCAACAAUAACAGGACAACUACCUGUGCUUGUGCUGAUGGAUACAUGUUGGCUAGCAAUGGAAGCGACUGUAUUGUGCUCCCCACAGUUGUAACAACACUACCCUCUGGUGGUUCUUGUGUCAGAGCUGGCUUCACUGGGUGCUGUACUAAUGGCACGUGUGAAGGUUUGCCUAGAGGUUGCUUUUGUGAUCGCUUCUGUGUCGGUUUUGAAGAUUGCUGUGAUGAUGUAGCGGAAGUGUGUCCAGAACUGAGACCGAAGGUGAGCACCGCAACAGUACACAUUGGAAGCUUUUCAACUUCAACACCUCUAGUAGCAAGUCCUGGAAUGUCAGUAACCUCUGUUUCCAGUUUUAAAAAGCUGUCAACUUCUUCAAUAUCUACGACAACAGUUUCCCAGUUCACUACACCCUCAUUGACUCAAGCCACUCCAAUCUUUUCAGCGCAACUAACCCCCACACUAAAAGGCACUCAAGCGACGACUGAUCUUACAGUGAGGGUAGGGGCAGCAGUUGGCGGAGUUAUUAUUUUCGUGUUGUUGGUGAUCUUUGUAAUAUUGAUGGUUUUAUUGGUGGUCAUGAAGAGAAGAACAUCCAUCAAGUAUGCCACUUUCAACAAUCCCCCUGAUCAAACAACAGAAAGUGUCUCCUCUGGUUUAAGCUUUCAGAAUCCUGUUGCCAUUAGCGCUGAUAGUAAAGAAAACAAACCUUAAACUCUUAUAUGCUAUGCUUCGAUUUUGUAUAUUUUUCAGCAUACAUCAUGUAUUACACUCAACUCA